UGCUGGAGAGGUGAGCACCACUCUGACUCUCUCCCGCUCCGGCUCCUCUCCGACGUAAUCUCUGCCACUGCUCGCAGACGGUCACUCAUUCAUUCAUUGCAUGCUAAACGACACCUGGAGCCCUCGCAGUGUCUGCCUCUCUCUCUCUCUCUCUUUAUCCGGCCACCCUGGACUGCUUCUUUUUCGGCCGCACUUGCGGGGAUAUGCGCGCGUCGUUGGAUGUUUCGUCGUUCUUUGGCACCGCCAGCUGGCCCGUUUCACAGCGGCUCCUGUGAGGCUGCAGCGUCGCUCUUCACUCCUCAGGACUGGACCUCACUUCUUUCUAAAGGUGCUGCAGGAUGACGGAUGUUCUGCCCGUGUGUGGACUGCAGCUCCUGCUGGCCCUCCUUCUGCUCCAAGCUGCGGUCUGUGGUGUAACCAACGCAGACUCGGUGGUGAACAUGCAGAAGGUGACCCAUCAGACCAUCAGUGAGGAGCUCUCAAGAACUGUUCUCCUCCCCUGCCUCUUCACCCUCCGCCCCAGCGCCAGUUCAUCCCACGAGCCCCCCAGGGUCAAGUGGACCAAGGUCUGGGGUCAGAGGGGCUCUGACGGUCUGCAGAAGGAGCAGUCGGUCCUGGUGGCCAAAGACAAUGUGGUCAAGGUGAAGAAGGCCUUCCAGGGUCGAGUGACUCUGCCUGGUUACAACGCCAACCGCUACAACGCCAGUCUAGCUCUGUCAGGGCUUCGCUCCAGCGACUCUGGUCUGUACCGCUGUGAGGUUGUGGUGGGCAUGAACGAUGAGCAGGACACGGUUCCCCUGGAGGUCACAGGUGUGGUGUUUCACUACCGGGCACCUCAUGACCGCUACACCCUGUCCUUCACCGACGCCAAGCGGGUGUGCGUGGAGAACUCUGCGGUCAUCGCAACUCCAGGCCAGCUGCAGGCUGCCUUUGCCGACGGAUACGACAACUGUGAUGCUGGCUGGCUGUCUGACCACACUGUGCGGUAUCCCAUCCAAUCGCCUCGUCCCGGUUGCUAUGGGGACCGAGAGGACUCACCUGGUGUCCGUAACUAUGGCAACAGGGCCCCUGAGGAGCUGUUCGAUGUCUACUGCUUUGCCAAGCAGCUUCAAGGUGAAGUCUUCCACUCUGCAGUUCAGGAGAAGUUGAGUCUGGCCACAGCCUCCACCCACUGCCAUUUGCUGGGAGCCCAGCUGUCCACAGUGGGGCAGCUCUACCUGGCCUGGCAGGCCGGCCUGGACCAGUGUGAUCCCGGCUGGCUGGCUGACGGCAGCGUCCGCUACCCCAUCAAUGUCCCACGCAAGAACUGCGGUGGGGACGAGCCCGGGGUGAGGACCGUCUACAACAACCCCAACCGUACCGGCUUCCCGGACACCACGGCGCUGUUUGACGCCUACUGCUACACAGCUCACCAGCCUGCAGGGGUCCAGGCUGCAGAAUCACAGACUUCAUACCAAACAAACCCAGCAGCAGAGUCCAUCCCCUCAGUCACUGAAGCCCAGCACAGACCCCCUUUCUCCAAAACCUCUACCUGGUCUGGUCUGCUCGAUUUGGACAGCACAGGCGCCAACUCCACUGAUGGAAUGAACAACUCCUCUGAGAUCUCUGAAGAGCACGUAGUCCUCCACUUAAAGCCAGCAGAGGGCUUGGGUGAAAACCAGGGUGGACCCAGAGGCAGCCAGACCAGCCAGGAGGAUUCUGACGGUGCAAAGAGCAACAACACCUUUGGCCUUUCGGACCUGGAGAACCAUGGAGGUUCUGUUCAUGAAGAUGGAGGCCGUGUUGGAUCAUCAGACACCGCUACAUUAUCCUCCAUAGCUUCUUCCACUCCCCAGCCUCAGACCAGCAACCGUGUGUUGGCCGAGUUUGUUCACACUCUGAUGAAGCCCUUCAGGUCCUGGAGGGGAGGGGAGGGGGCGGAGGAGACAGAAAUGAGACCAUCAGCGUCUGAAGAAACAACAAGAGAGAACCAGACACAGGGAGAAGCAUCCACCAUAAACCAGAGCGAACCAAAACCCAGUGUGAAGAAGAGUAACAUGGACAACGCCAUCAUGGAGCACAGGACUGCUGGUUUUUCCUUCAGGGCUCCGACUAGUGGACUCCAGAGUCCAGAGGACGGUCUGUCUGAGCAGGAGAAAGAGGUGAUGCCACUGGUUCCAUUAGUGCCUGCAGUCCAAAUCACAGGGCAAAGAGACACCAUGAGUCGGCCAGGAGGAGGAGCCUCCAUCACCUCCGCCCUCAACGAUCCAUCCACUGUGAACGAGUCACCACCCCGUGAACCUGUCAACACAUCAGAACCUCAGGGUCCCAGAAGAAGCUCCACCUUUGAUCCCGCCCCCAGCAGCCCUUUUAAGUGGGCCAUCAAGUCGAUGCUCGGCUCUAAACUGGGACCCCCAGGACACGUGGCCUAUGUGGGUAAACGUCCCACCUGGGAGCCUAUGGAAGUCAAGGCGGGGCCACUUGAAAUGAUGACUCCGCCCACCUCCGUUAGACAGGACGGUGUGGAGAACUAUUCAGGCCAGGGGAGGGACCAGGAGGAGGGAGGCGAUGCCAGCAUUGCACCAUCAGCUGCCAGGACCGUGUCGGGGGAGGAGAGGGAGACCGAGGGGAGCGCUGACGGGACAGACUUUCCAGGCGGGUUGGGAUUGAACAAGGUCUUGGACAGCAGUCGGGUCAAACCGAGUCCUGAAACUUCACUCAGCCAAACCCAGACUGAGCUAGUGACCCUGGCAGAGCUCACGACUCUGUCCCAUCGGCAGCUAUUCCAACAACCCACCACCCCGCCCCAGGAGGCCGACACAGCCGAAGAGGCCCGGGGAGAGAUCCUCUACGUGCACAGACCCACCGAGAACCUCUCUGAGGAGUCUUCACAAAGAGACUCAGGUUCCACUUCUGUUUUUAAGAAGCACAAAGAGGCCAGAGAGGAGGUGUCAUCCCCGCCUGACGUCUCAAUGGGGGCGCUUACAACCUCCGAGGUGACCACGAUGCAGCUUCACACAACCGGGGACUCGCAGAGGACGGAUCCUACCACCACAGCAAGGCCGGAAAAUCCCUCAAACCACGCCGCCACUGAAGAGUCGUCCAUUUCCAUUUCAUGGGUUCAGGACGAGAAGGAGAAAGCAACGAGCACAGCUGACCUGCAGGGCCUGCACCUCUCAGCUACCUCAGCACCCGGUGACGGCGCUCGCACGUCGACGGGUGUCGUUCGGCCGAACACCUUUGCCUCGAACAUCGGUGCAACAGAAAUGGAAUCCAGGUCGGCAGUGACUGAGUCCUUCAUCGUAGGAAGUCCUUUCAAAGGCGUGAGCACAAAAUCAGAGAAGAAGGAAUCUUCAACGACGACGGACGACGAGGACUUCAAAGAGAAACACAACCCGUUUGGAUUUCUGGUACCUGACUGGGCUUUUGGACUCAUCCCCUCAGUGGAGAAUAACCCGUGCCAGACCAACCCGUGUCUCCAUGGAGGGAGCUGCCUGCAGGAAGGGGACGGAUAUAGCUGCUACUGCUCGCAGGGCUUCUCUGGAGAGAGCUGUGAGAUCGAUGUCGAUGACUGCCAGUCGAAUCCAUGCCAGAAUGGAGGAACCUGCAUCGAUGAGAUCAACUCCUUUGUCUGUCUUUGUCUGCCCAGCUACGGAGGAGCGACCUGUGAGAGAGACACUGAGGGCUGCGAGCACACCUGGAGGAAGUACCACGGCCACUGCUACAGGUACUUCAGCCGGCGACACACCUGGGAGGACGCCGAGAAGGACUGCAGGGAGCACAGCGGACAUCUGGCCAGCAUCCACAGCCUGCCCGAGCAGAACUUCAUCAGAGGUCUGAGCCAUGACAACACCUGGAUCGGCUUGAAUGAUCGCACAGUGGAGGACGACUUUCAGUGGACCGACAAGAUGGAGCUGCAAUAUGAGAACUGGCGUGAGAACCAGCCUGACAACUUCUUCGCUGGAGGAGAAGACUGCGUGGUGAUGAUCGCUCACGAGAACGGCAAAUGGAACGAUGUGCCCUGCAACUACAACCUGCCCUACGUCUGCAAGAAGGGGACAGUGCUCUGUGGAGACCCACCCACUGUGGAUAACGCCUUCCUGAUUGGCCGACAGCGUUCCCAUUAUGACAUCCACUCUGUGGUGCGCUACCAGUGUGCCGACGGCUUCCUGCAGCGCCAUGUGCCCACUGCGAGGUGUCGUGCCAACGGCAAGUGGGAGCGGCCAAAAAUCAUCUGCAUAAAAUCACGGAGAGUCUCCCGUUACCGGCGCCACCACCACAAGGGCCAGAGGGAGCACAGGAAGCACAAGAGGCACGGCCACAGAGAGGGAGGCCACCACAAAGGGAAGGCGGGGCAGGGCCACAACCGCACCCACUUCUGAACCAAAACAACACAUGAUUCAUCUUCUUCUUCCUCUGCUGCUAACCUGGUGAACAUCUCCCCCCCAUGCUGUCUCUUUCCUCUUGCCCCAUUCACCAACAGUACUUCACAUCUUACAGCCCAGAACUGUUUACCCCCGCCCCGCCCUGCCCUGCACUACCCCGCCCCGCCCUUACAGCUCCACCAGUAGCUCUAAGAGUCCAUCUGUAUCAUAGUGAACUCUGAGGCCUGCCGACAUGCUGCCAGGCUUCACAAGGACAAUAACAACAUUGCUUUAAACUCUCUAAGUUACUUCCUCUUUUCCUCUUUUACGUUCUCGUCUUCACUCGUCUGUUUCUAGUCUCUGACUCGACCGAGUUCCUCUUCCACAGAGACCCGAAACAUGGGGGCUACCCUGAAGUGAUUAUCAGCACUGAACGUUCUUCAGACACUAAACAUACUCAAUCUAAACCAAACGAGUCGACCUGUUUGUUCAACACACGACUGACUUUAUCCAGUGCUUUUGGUUUCUCUCUUUUAAACUCCUCCGAAGCCGGUUUUGAAUUGAUUUGCUUUCGUUUGGAAACGUUUGUAAUUGUUUUAAUUAGCUUGUUAGCGCUGUGUGUUCUUGUCAGUGUGAGACAUUUUACUUUAGAUCAGAUGACGAACAACCAGAGGAAAAUUAAAGACACAUCACAUCUCGGCUCAGUUUCAUCACAUCUCAUGUGACCCCCCCCCCCCCCCCUUCAUUAAGAAGGGUGUGUACGCCUGACAACGGUUUGUCCUCAACAGUCUGCAUGCUUCUUAGCUUCUGAAAACUUGUGUCGCUGUGGGGAUUUUGGGAUUUUUGGAUUUUUCCUCUUUGAUCCGAUGUGUGACAGAUGAUGCUGUCAGCUCGCCGAGAGAGAGGGAGCAGGUUAUAUAUAUAUGUAGAUCCUGUAGUCCUCUCAUAUGUCACAGCAAACACCAAAUAGGACAGCUCUAUCAACAGUGAGGGCGCUCUGCAGAAGAACACAUACAUCACAGCUUCAUGUGUAGCCUGACAAAAACUUUCAAUCAAUAUUUCCCUCUGCAGUGUGGAUGAAACCAUUCCUGCAUAUUUCUGCAGCUUUUUUUUCUGGCCACUUUCCAGGAAGAUUAUCGAUUAAAAAAGUCAUAAGUCAUGUUGAAGCAGAUCCCCGUUUUACUUUGAUGACAAUGCAUUUCAUUCUUUACAUUCUGGAGUCUGUUGGGGCCAGGAAUCCUCGGACCAGCGGCCAUCACCGUGAUGUGAUAGAUAAUCUGACAACAACACAUUUCCUAUGAGUAUUAUUUUCAAAAUAAAAUCAGGAAAAGCAAACAAAUGCCAAACACCGUGUCCUAAGAGUUUUGACCCCCCCUAACCCUAACACCCCCCAGGUAUUCAUAAAAUCGUAAACUUAUCAUUUUGAGUGUCAUAACAAUAUGCAUUUAAAACACUGCAAACAUUAGAUACAAAACAAUGUGUUUUAACAUUUUUAAAGAUAAAGUUCCCCCCUCACAGUGGUUCUGCUGAACCCUGCAUAUUAAGUUGGAGAGGAGUACGACGGUUCUCCCUCUUGCACCCUCCUGCUGCAGGUCCUGCUUUGAAGACGGGAUUAGGAGGGAUGGAACAAGUGCUUUGCUCUUUUCUUUCCUCUUUUACUACGCUCUUAAAUUGAUGUCUUAUUCUAAAGCCAGUACUAAAAGGUUGGAGCUUCAGGAUUAAAGUCACUCCAGCGUCUUUAAGCUGUGUUCCUCUUUAAUCCUGCUCAUUACUCUUCUUCUUUAUGAGCAGGUCAACAACAAGUAACCCAUUUUCACCAGCUGCUUUGUAGUGACAGAGAUCAUUCAGCUGCCUUUCACGUUCCUCAGAAAAAGAGCUCUGAGGCAGAAUCAGGCCGUGUUCAGUCAAACGAGGUGACAGGAUCCAUCCUGUGCACAUUAAUGCUCUGCCUUUGUUUGUUUCCUCUCACCUUGACAAUGACAACAGAGAAGAAUAGUGACCCUGCUCCUCUCUUAUCACUUUAAUUAAUCUACCGCAUGCCUAAUGAGCGAGGCUGCAUUAUCUGAAGGACCUCAGGGCCGGGACAACAAGGGGGAGGGUGAGUUUGACGGACAGCUGCUGAGAGGUUUAGAGUGAUUGACAGGAGGCUCGGAGAGCGGUCACAGCCGUCAGAGUUCUGAGGUUUCUGAGAUGUCAAGCUGCAACAGUAUGGAGCAGCAGCGGAUGAAGGAGAAGGGCGCCACUGAAGCGUUUCUCACAGCGAUUCAGAGAUCCUGUGAGGGCUUUUUCAGCUGCUUAUAAAAUAUUAAAGAUUCUUUAUGAGCUAUAAACGAGCUAUAACGAGACCAGCGACCAGAUUGGCUAAAUCCAUACAGUCAUUUAAAAUGUCUGACACUUCUGCUGCAGGCUCGGUGUCAGACUCAGGGCUCGAUCACACAGAGACUCAGAGAAGAAAAUAUUUCCACCGCUGGCAAGCUUUUUAGGACACGGUGUAACAAAUCAAGGUUUCGAGGUCAGAACAAAAUAUCUGCUAAACUGAUGGUCUGAUUUUCUGUCUUAUUUUUAUUGGCUGACUGAAUUCAUUUACAAAAUACUCUAAAUGUACAUACUGCAUGCUAACCCGACUGUUAGCAUCCCGUUAGCAACAGGCUAAAACACGGGUCAUGUUCGACAAGCUAGCAUCUAGCUAGCACGGCCCACCGGUACGUA